AUGCGUAUUCCUGUAGACCCGAGCACCAGCCGCCGCUUCACACCUCCCUCCACGGCCUUCCCCUGCGGCGGCGGCGGCGGCGGCGGCAAGAUGGGAGAGAACAGCGGCGCGCUGAGCGCGCAGGCGGCCGUGGGGCCCGGCGGGCGCGCCCGGCCAGAGGUGCGCUCGAUGGUGGACGUGCUGGCGGACCACGCGGGAGAGCUCGUGCGCACCGACAGCCCCAACUUCCUCUGCUCCGUGCUGCCCUCGCACUGGCGCUGCAACAAGACGCUGCCUGUCGCCUUCAAGGUGGUGGCACUGGGGGAUGUGCCAGAUGGAACAGUGGUGACCGUGAUGGCAGGCAACGAUGAGAACUACUCUGCCGAACUUCGCAAUGCCUCUGCCGUCAUGAAGAACCAGGUGGCCAGGUUCAACGACCUUCGUUUUGUGGGCCGCAGUGGGCGAGGGAAGAGCUUCACACUGACCAUCACUGUGUUCACCAACCCCACCCAAGUGGCCACCUACCACCGAGCCAUCAAGGUGACCGUGGACGGACCCCGGGAGCCCAGACGGCACCGGCAGAAGCUGGAGGACCAGACCAAGGCGUUCCCCGACCGCUUCGGGGACCUGGAGCGGGUCCGCAUGCGAGUGACACCGAGCACGCCCAGCCCCCGCGGCUCUCUCAGCACCACGAGCCACUUCAGCCAGGCCCAGACCCCGAUCCAAGGUACCUUGGACCUGAACCCAUUCUCCGACCCCCGCCAGUUUGACCGCUCCUUCUCAGCACUGCCGCCGGCCCUCACGGAGAGCCGCUUCCCUGACCCCAGGAUGCACUACCCGGGGGCCAUGUCUGCGGCCUUCCCCUACAGCGCCACGCCCUCGGGCACAAGCAUCAGCAGCCUCAGCGUGGCGGGCAUGCCGGCCACCAGCCGCUUCCACCACACCUACCUCCCGCCGCCCUACCCCGGGGCCCCGCAGAACCAGAGCGGCCCCUUCCAGGCCAACCCGUCCCCCUACCACCUCUACUACGGCGCGUCCUCGGGCUCCUACCAGUUCUCCAUGGUGGCUGGCAGCAGCAGCAGCGGGGGCGACCGCUCGCCCACCCGCAUGCUGGCCUCCUGCUCCAGCAACGCCGCCUCCGUCGCCGCCGGCAACCUCAUGAACCCCGGCCUGGGCGGCCAGAGCGACGGCGUGGAGGCCGAUGGCAGCCACAGCAACUCGCCCACGGCCUUGAGCACGCCGGGCCGCAUGGACGAGGCCGUGUGGCGGCCCUACUGACCGCCCCGGGACUCCUCCCGCUGGAGGCGGGGGCGCCAACAGCCUUCCUGACCAGCGACUGGCCCAGCUCCGAGGCUCUGGGCAGCAGUGGGACCUGUGCUCCAGGGCCGUCACGGUCCCAAGGUCCAGCGCUGGAGUGCGGCUCCAAGUGCGUCUGUCCAGCCACACCUUUGUACAGAGGGGCAGGGACCUCCCCGGGACACUGCCCCCAGCCCAGAUCCUAGUCAUCUCAGUCCACACCCCUGUGGGAGAUUAGCCUCCCCUGCCACCUCCCCAGAGCGACCUCGCUGUGUCCAGCUAUGCCCAGUGCUGUCACGGGGCCAGGUCUCCUGGGACAGCGGCCGUCUCUGUUCCAGAGAGAGGCAGCGUUUGCCCCCAGGAGAAGCCACAGGGCCCCGCGCCCUCCUCAGAGCCCCCGCGCCCUGUGGCCCCGGCCCUCCCUCUGCAUUUACACAAGUCCAGUCAGAACUGGAAAGUCCCCACCUGAGACGGUUCCCCUCAGUGUACAGGUGGGGCAGGACCCAGGACCCGGCUGGCACAGCUGGGAGGAGAACGAACCCAAGCCAGUGUCCCGCCCCGGCCCUGCUUCCCCACACUUCUGAACAGCUGGCUCUGUCCCUGCUCCGUGGGUCCCAGGCCUCAGAGCAGAUGGUCCAGUCUGUGGCAGCAGGUCCCCAGAGCCAGGGAAGGCGCCUGCAGACCGGCCCUCCAUGCACUUUCCCGGCCCACGGCAUUCGCCUUCUGCUCCUGGUGGGGGCGGGGGGGCCCCCUUUUCCUUAGGCUCGUCUCAUAAUUUUCAUUUUUGGAGAGAACACGGUGCCCAGAUAGGUCCUAACAAAAGGCAUUGAGGUGAGGGGUCAUUGGGUCACACGUCAGCGUCCCUGUCCCACCGAGGUUCAGCCAGGCUGUGCCCCUGCCCCCCAGGCCCCAGGGAAGAUCCAGCACAUCUUCCAACUCCUGACACGCAGCUGUCUUUGUUUUUGUGCUCCAAAACUAACAGUCUUGCACAAAACCAGUUUUUAAAACUGAUUUUAGGGGGAAAAAAGCUUCGGUCAAACAUCUUCAAACACAAGGUCUCUUACAGGCAAAGCCCUGUGAUUGGGAACAUCCUGCCCCCAGCUGCCUUCUGAGGGUGUGGGAUUGUUAGGAUCUCAGUACUCCCCAAGAGGUGACAUCCCACCAGCCCCCACGGCAGGUGACCCUGGAGGAGCCCAAGGGAAAUGCUGGUGAGACGCUGGACUCUCACCUGUGGCUCUUGGACAUUUGUCCUGGUAGGGCAGGUGGGGGGUGGGGAGCGCUGGCUGCGGGGUGGCAGGACGGAGCCGGGAGGGUCUCUCCAGCCUCAGCUUAGCCCCCCACGCUCUGAGGGGGAGCAUCGCCCCGAAAGCACAGGCCUUGCUCAAGGGCCCGGGCUACAUCGAUUCUCAUGUCAGAGUUCUUUAGUUCUAGAAAGGCUUAAUUGGAAAAGGACGAGAAAACUCUUGUAAGGUUAGACAGCAUGUGGUUUUUGGUAAUUGUUCUGCCACAUCCUCUGUGGAUGUGGAAAUCUCCCUUAACAAAAAAUGCUCCUUAGUGGUUGCCUCUGUCGGAGCCCUGCCGUGCUGCCCCCAGCCUGUAACAGCCAGAUCCACAUGCUGGAUACACACUUCGGCAGGUUUAGAAAGUCCUUCUGGUGAUCCUCUUCAAAUCCCUCCUGCUGUAGUUUCUCUUGUCCUACCCGCACUGGAAAAAGCAGUCUCCAUCUCUUCAAAACAGCUGCUGGCUGUGUCCUGCUGACUCUCAACACGCAGGGGCCUCCCCUCCCCUUCUCAGGAAGCAGCUAUGAAGCCGUUGACCUUGUACCUGCUUCACUCCUGUUCCCUGUGGUUGUCGACUGGCUCCAGGCCAGCGUGGAGGCACCUUCGGGUUCCCAGUGCCCAGCACUUUGUGGCCCCAGCCUAGAUUACUCUCCCUUCCUGAGCCCCAAGCCCUGGUGGGGGCAGGGACAGGAAAUAAACUGACCUCCGCUCCUCCUACCCCACUCCCCAUCCUCUGACCCAAAGAGAUGGCUGCCACAUGGAGUCUGUUUUUAAGGCCCCUAGCGGGUGCAGACAGCCUGGGCUGGUAAAAGUGGGUCCUUAUUUACACGGCUGCUUUGAAAUUGUCCUAGGCAAACACACUGAUGGGGAGAGCAAGGAAGGGACGGAGUUGUGAUCCGGUUAAGGCAGCCCUGUCAGUGGUGGGUGCAGCCCCUUUGUGACUAUCGUCAUGCUGAGGAGUUACUACCUGCUACACUCAUACCUUCCAGAAAGCCAUCCCGGGGCUGGGAAGAGGGUGGGGAGGGGUGGAAACUGCUUUGCACUAUCAUUUGCUUGGUGUGUUUGUUUUUAAUGCACAACUUGCUUGUACAGUAAACUAACUGUCUUCUGUACUAUUUAACUGUAAAAUGGAAUUUUGACUGAUUUGUUACAAUAAUAUGACUCUGAGA